AUGGAUAUAGCGGUUGUGUCGAAAGUACUGGCAUUUCUUUUUAUGCGCGACAAAAUUAGGAAAAUUCUUGACAUGCUGGAGAGUGAAAUAUUCCAAUCAAAUACUCAGGAAGAAGCGAAGAUUAUUGAAAAAGCUAAGCAGGAUACUUUAUUGUACUGGAAGAUUACAGCUGGAAUAUCUUUUAUUGCUAAUGGAGUUAAUCUUUUUACCCCUUUAAUAAUGCAUUUAAUGUUUCCAGUUGAAUUAGAGUUUCCUAUUUGCAGAUAUUCCUUCAUACCGAUAAAAUAUAAACCGAUUUUCUUGUAUCCAGCAUACGUAUAUCAAUGUAUUGGUAUGACUUCUCACAUGUUGUACAAUGUAAAUGUUGAUACUUUUUUUCUGGGGAUAUUAUUUCUUGCUAUAGCACAGUUGGAAAUACUGGAUAAAAAGUUGAAAAGAGUUGCUGAUAUUCAUCAACGUACUGAUGAAGUUCAAAUACAUAAUAAGUCUACAGCUGACAGGUAUGCUGUUCAGAAAAUUAAUAAGUGUAUCAAGCAUUACGAUGAAGUAUGCAAGUAA